AUGACAGGUUCCGGGUCGGGUACCCGUCAAUUCAAGAGACUCGUCGAGUCCGAGGGAAAUUCAUCCCACGCACCCUCGGAUAGAGUGGCUGGCCCACCCUUUCCUCCCGUCGGUUGGAAGGAGAGCUUCUGCAAUACUGUCAAGUCCUCUUGGAUCAAUAGCUUCAUCCUCUUUCUCCCAAUUGCCAUGGGCGUGUACUUCGCUGGCGAAGAUCAAGUUCAAAAGGACGCUGUUGUUUUCGGUCUAUGCUUUCUGUCGAUCAUGGCUUUAGAGAGCUUCGUUGACUUCGGCGGCGAGCAGCUCGCGCUAUACACCGGAGACCUUGUCGGGAACUUUAUCGUCACUACCUUGAAGAAUGCUGUCGAAGCAACAGCUGCCAUCAUCUUACUGGUGCGGUGCGAGCUCAGGCUUCUUAAGAGCACCAUCGUCGGUGUUGUGCUGCUGCACCUGCUACUCGCGCCGGGAAUCAGCUUCUUGACCGGCGGCAGUCGUACUCCGCAGCUCCGCCUCGAUGCCCGGACGAAUCCAUUGAACCAUAUGCUGUUGGUUACCGCAGUCAUGGUCCUCGCUAUCCCGCUAGUCAUAUUCACGGCCAUGAAAGACACCCAACCGCCGGUCAACCUAAGCGCCGUCGAACUCUUGCAGAUGACGCACGGUAUCGCCAUCAUCAUGUUCGUCGUCUAUAUCGGUUCUCGCCUGUACUUGCAUCGCCUGCCCAGCAACCCCGGAGCGCCUAGUGGGGUCUCUCUGGAGGCUAAUCGAGCCGUCGUUGAUACACAAAGCGGGACCACGGUGCAUACGGGAGAUUCUUCCAGUGCAACGCAGUGCUCCGGGCAGUCUAGGCAUGUCCAUCAGACGCCUAAGGCCAACAAAUAUGUUAGCGUCAUGCUUUUGGUAAUAGCUAUGCCCUUGAUGGGAUUCACAGUUGAAUGUCUUUUGGACUCGAUGGACUUCGUGGGCCGCGAUAUGAGUUCUGGCCUGCAGAGGGAAUGGUUUGGCCUUAUCCUCCUUCCCCUUCUGUCUUUUGCGGCGGACGGUGUCGUCUCUAUCGUGUUCUUCGCCGAGUCGCUCUCUCUCUGCUUGUUCAAGAAGGACUCGGAUAGGAAACCCAAGCCGCCGAAGACUCUUGCGGAGGAUCGCGCGAUCGACAUGAGCAUCCAAUUCACCCUGAUGUGGUUACCCAUAUUCGUGCUCAUCAGCUGGGCGUCGGGAAAGCCUUUCACGCUUUUGUUCGAUAUAUUUGGGGUGGCUAUCCUUAUCGCCGCGUGCUUUCUGGUCAAUUACGUGACCGAGGACGCUCGAACGAACUGGGCAGGCGGGUUGGCCAUGGUAUCUUUCUACGUCAUCAUUGCUUUGUGCGCUUGGUCUUAUCACGGGCAGCCUGCUAUCGCGGCACUCGGCACAUGUGGGCACUCCGCCGAGGCUGCCAAUAUCUAA